AUGACCUCAGUGCAGCAUUUCCUGAACGCACAUCAGCAGCUUUUGGGUUGGGCUCACCGCACUACGCUCUACCGAGAUGGUGUUCCACAGCUUCCGAACGCUCUUCUACGAGGUGGUGCUUAUCAGAUUGUGGUCUCAAGGCCCAAGCACACACGCCCUGCACCCACAAACCUCAUCUCUGUCAAGUUGCAUGAUGGUGUGACGGCCUAUGAAUUUCAUGGUCCUGCAGGCACUCGCCUAUCCACGGUCCUAGAGACGCUUGGUUUUCAUUACAAACCUGGCAUUGAGUUUUGCAAUCUCUUCCGCAGCUUUCGAUGGGGAGAUGCUCUUUGGCAGAAUGAGCAGGGCGAGGUUCGUGGCUUAGGCAUUGAUGUGCCUUCAGCUUCGGGGGUUCAUCACUUUGAAGUCUACGAGGAGUUGCAUCAAAUCCUCCAGGUACUGCCGAUUUCCACUCGGGAAGCCAUUCAGGUCGUUCCUCACCAUAUUGUUCAGUUGAUCCUCAAGCGUCCGGCCAGCUUUGCUUCUAAGCUAUUGAUCAACGAGCACAAUGGUCCUUUCUCCUGGCUUGUCUUUCCACUGCUGCUCCAAUCGCAUUGGAGUCUCCUGAUCUGGGACUUUGAGCUCUUGGAAUUUUGGUACUACGAUGGACUUCGUGACUUCCACUUGGAUUCUGUCAUGCAAGUCGUCUCUCUCAUCACGACGACUUUCAAUCUUGCCUCCUCUCGACUUCAUCAGAGCAAUCCAGUGGAGCAGCAUGGUGGCGACCAUUGUGCAGCGAUCCUAUUGCACAACUUGGGCAUCCACUUCGAUCUAUGGCAGCCCAUGACAGAUGCUGCGCUUCGACAAUGGGCAACAUCACUUCAAGCGCAAGAAGAACUCCGAGGCUGUGGGCAAACAGAGCAAUCUCAGACACAUGCCUGGCUUUGCAAGUUCCUCACCACGAAAGGCGUCCCAGAAGCUGAUGCUCCAGCUCGGGCAACUCUGGCCUUGAAAAAGCUUGGUCAAGCACCCGUGGCCAAAGCAAUAUCUCAGGCCAACCCAUGGGCCGCCCUAAAGCAGUUGGCAAACUCACAGCAACGUCCUUUUCAGUGGAUCCAGCACGAUGAGUUGAUGAAUCACAUCCAGAAGCGAGCCAAGGAGCAUUAUGGUGCCGCACCCAGAUCGUCCAAUAAGCCCUCCAAGAAGCGCGCUGAACCGGCACCUCCAGUGUCUCCUAGUGCACUGGUUCUGGCUCCCAAGGCAUUUGUUGAUGAGCACGAUCAGGAGCUUGCUCAGCUUCCCAUUGACAAGGUGACCCCCGAGUCCAAUGGCAUCAUCCUUGGCACGGUGGAACAAGCUGCUCAUUUUCUCAAAGGGCAGAAAACCAUUUCCAUCAACUCGCUUGCCAUGCUCACAACGACAGAAAUUCCCAGCGCCGUGCACGGAAAGCUCACUGUCCAGCACAUGGUUUGGCCAGCGCUCCUGGCCGAUAGUGCCGCCCCCAUUUUGGUGCGGGGCUCCUGCAUACAGUUAGGAGACCACGCGGUCAAAAAGGUUCUUGGACCAGCUCCGAGUCCAGCCUCCUUUGUGCCCGAGCUCUUCAAGCUCCAAGUCUAUCAAGACCAGUGGCCACUUGCCUGGUCAGACUUCACUCUGAGGCCUCUGAAGGCCCUAGUCCAGCACUUUGACUGCUUGCAGUUCUGUGAUGGUUCCACCUGCAACAAUGCUUCUUCGUGCAAGCGCUUUCAUCCCGCGGUGGAGGAAGAAAUUGACAUGGUCAUCUUGGAUGCCUUUGGUUGGAAGUGGAGUGAUGCAACUGGAGCAACAGCAAAUUCCAAGAAGGCGGCCUCCUUUGGAAUCAUGGUUCGAGUGCCUCCCUCUGCAGCUCCGGCCCUUCUGGCUAUUUCGGCUACUGAUGGCCUCUACACCGAGAUGCGUGAACCUCUAUCCAAGGGGCCUAGCACUAAGUAUGCAGUGAUCUGGAUCAAAGGUGAUCUUCAGCAGGCCAUCCACCUCAAAUGCCAGACCGCCAAAGCCCUUCACGUUGUUCGCUCACACCAGCGCUAUGGUCUCCGAUGUUUAGCUGCUGAUCAAGAAACGGUGCACAAGUUGGUACUGCCGAAGCUCCCUUUUGUUGCUGGCAGCAAUGCGCUUCAGUUUGAAGUUGGUCCUUGGCCCUAUGGCUCCACCAAGCAGUCUAUUGCUCAAUCUCUGCAAGCAGCGGGCUGGGCAGCUCGUCCACUUCGACCCACUCAUGGCACUCCUGAAGGUCGGUACUGGUUGAUCGGAGCGGAGACUGCUUUCACUUCGCCCAUCUUGCAGCUUGGCUCAGCGUCUCUCAUCAUCACACCGAUAGCGGCCAUCAAGAGCAGAGCUCCCCAGCCGAUCAUUGGAUCUUUGCAAACUCUGCAGCGUCUGCAAUUUCCUCAGGGAGAAGAUCCACUACAAGUACGCGAUCCUUGGGCUAGUGCACUUCCAGCUGCGCCGACCGCUUCAGCUCAGCCAGCAGCUUCAAAGUUGGAGGAGAUCUCUCAACAGCUACACACGUCCGUUGCCGAACAAGUCCGUGAGCAGCUUCGUUCCUUCUCCGACUCCUGCAUGGACACUGAUGAUUCACGUUUGUCUCAGAUGGAAGCCAGCAUUUCUGAACUGCAAGCCCAAUCCUCUCAGUUUGCUGGAUGGUUCAACGAAGCUGGUGAGCGCACGCAGUCUCUCUCCAAGCAGGUUGCCUCUCAGGAAAGUCAAAUCAGCGACCUCACUGUCAAGGUGACCAGGGCCGAUCAGCGCACUGAGCAGCUGCACAACACGGUUGGCAAACUUCGACAAGACUUUCAGUCGGACUUGGAAGCUUCUAUGGCCAGGCAGCUCGAGAGCAUGGAGUGGCGGCCCUGCCGUCAAUUCUUAUGGCUUUUCCUUCUUUGGGGCGGCUUCCGUCUUGGUGAAGCUAGCAAUCCGGGCCCUGGGGCCUCUUCAUGCUCUAGUUCAUCUUUGGUGACCUCUGUCGAGAAUUGGGGUAUUCCUGGCAUUGGACACACCGAAGUCCUUCACUCUGAUGUCAGCACAGUGGAUGAGUCUGUUGAUUCCGCCUCCUGUCUAGUGGUUGGCACAGCAAAUCCAAGUGGCAUCAAUGGCAAAGCUCUGGCCUUCGCCUCUCUUCCAUGGGGAAUAUGGAAUGUAGCAGAAACGCAGGCCAGCUAUCCGGUUUUUGCUCGCUUCCAGCGUGAACUCCACUGGAUGUCUCAACACAAAUUACACUGCAAGCAUGGUCACUAUGCUCCUUUGCGGCCGCACUCUGACUUUGCUGGCGCUUGGACGGGUGUCGCUCAGAUUGCACCUGGUCCCAUUCAUCCUGUUCCAAUGCAAUGGCAGGGAGCUUCGUAUCAAUCGGGGCGCAUCACGCUCUCCCACUUUUCCCUCCAGGAGCACUCUAUUCUUGGUGCUUGUGUUUACGCCCCUCCGUCGGGUCCUACCUACAGACAGGCCAAGAAGCUCUCAUCACAGCUCUUGGAACAGAUCACAGCUGAGCUGGUCCUUUCCUCUUCUGGACCCCGCUUCAUAGCUGGUGACUUCAAUUGCGACACUGGAGACCUUCAGACCUUUGCCACAUGGCGCCUUGCCGGAUGGGAGGAGAUACAGCAUUUGGCGGAGCAGCGGUUCUCAACCCCCCGUUCUCCCACAUCCAAGGGGAGGGCUAUUCGGGAUCAUCUUUGGAUUUCACCUGAGCUUCAGCAAUGGCUAUGCUCUGUCACUGUGGAUUCAGAUCACUUUGCGGAUCACUCUAUCCUUUACGGCUGUUUCCGUCUCCCGUCCUCCAGCUGGUGGCAGCAGCAUUGGCCGAUGCCGUCUAUGCUACCGUGGCAGCAUCUUCAUCCUGAUCAACUGCCGAUCACUUCAGCUCACCGAUGGAAUUCGGACGACAUGACAGCUUCCUUCGCUCAAUGGUCCAAGUCCACUGAAUCGGCGCUCAAAGCCUCCGCUACCAUCGAUAUUCCCUCAACUUGCUGGGGCAGAGGUCAGACUCUAUCCACUCGAGCGCGGCCUGUUCAGCUUGUUCCAGUGCGCCCUGGUCGACAUGGUGAUCUUCAGCCGAAAUGUGGCUUUCUUAAUCGAGCUGUCCAUCUUUGGUGCCGGCAAUUGAGGAGACUUCAGGCCUACUGUCAAAGAGCGAAAUCGCCCACAAACUGGAGACUCCAGCUUGAUCAGCAAGCCACCUGGCGGGCCAUCAUCCAGGCCAACUUUCGGCAAUUUGAGUCUUGGCACUUCAGACGACGGCAAGACUUGAUUCAAGCUCGUCACUUGCAACACAAUCAGGUUCUUACCAAGCAGCUGAAGCAGGGUGAUUUCACCCCUAUGACAUCCUUGAUCCAUGAGCAAAAAGCCCAAGUUCUCCGGAUUGAUCCUGAUCAUGCGGUUCAGCUUUCCAGUCCGCUACAGCUCCAUUUGGGCCAACAAUUCACACUGAAUCAAGAAGUUGUGGAUGUCACGCCGCUGGCCAAUGGCGGUUACAAGAUCGAUGGGGACCUUCUGCCGGCUCCUGGUCAAACCAUUGUUGCUCGGUCCACUUGCCGUACCUUUCAAGCUAUGGAGAAGGAGCUGGUCAACCAUUGGACUCCCAUCUGGCAAAAGCAUGCUGGCCUGGCGCUAUCGCAUUGGAAUCGCAUUCUUGCCUUUGCCCUGCGUUUCAUGCCCCAGCGGCCUCCUCUUCAUUUUCAGUGGAAUACCUCUCAGUUUGCUUAUUUGGCGCAGCACUUUCGCAAAAGAUGCACUCGUGGUCCGGAUGCUUGGUCGCGUGAAGACAUAGCGCAGCUGCCCACUCAUCUACAGGCAGACUUGGUCAACAUGUACCAGACGAUUCAGGAGGGUGCGAAUUGGCCUCAACAGCUGGUCACUGGCUUUGUCAUUCCCAUCCGCAAGAUUCCUGAGGCAGAGAUGGCCAAGCACUACCGGCCGAUUGUGCUCAUUUCUUUCCUCUAUCGACUUUGGGCUACUGGGCUAUGCCGUGCUUAUCUGCCUUACCUUGCUCAGAUCAUUCCUCCUUUGGUCUUUGGCUACGUUCCUGGCAGACGUGCGGAGGAUAUAUGGUAUCUCUUGCAGGUCCUCAUUCAGUCCUCCUUCUCCCGGGGUUCCGAUCUCCUUGGCUACAAUGCCGACCUGGUCAAAUGUUUCAAUACAUUGCCUCGUCAGCCUAUCCUGAUCCUUCUGCAGCUCAUGGGCUUUCCUGCUGAUUGUGCCUCGGCCUGGAAGAGGGCGCUUCAGCAGCUUGAAAGAAGGUUUCGAAUAGCCAACCACACUGGCGAUCCUGUCUCUUCUUGCACUGGCUUUCCUGAAGGCGACCCUGUCAGCUGCAUUGCCAUGCUUGCCUUCAACAUGGCACUGGACACUUACCUUCAAAUCUACAGUCCAACUGUUGCCUGUCCGGUCUUUGUGGACAACAUCCAGUUGGUUGCAGAUCGUUUGGGCUCCCUGUGUCAUGGCAUCAACAUCCUCCAGGUCUUCAUGGAUGCUUGGGAUAUUCAGCUGGAUCCUGGUAAAUGCUAUGCUUGGGCUACUUCUGCAGAUGAUCGGCAUGCGCUUCGCAGCUUCGGUUACUCUACACGACUGGCUGCUAAGGAUCUCGGCGCCCAGAUGGUUUACUCCAAGGUGUCUCGAACUCAAGUUGCCCAAGGACGUAUUGCAGCUGCUUCUGAACACUGGCAAAUACUAAGGGCAUCUUCGGCUCCUCGUUGGGCCAAGCUUCUGGCUAUUCGCACCAUUACUUGGCCCAAAAUUCUACAUGGAGUAGCAAAUCGGCUGUUGCCACUUACGGCCACGGACCACCUUCGUUCGGCUGCCAUGCGAGCCCUAG